GGACCGAUCCUGAUCCGAACCGAGCUCCGAUCCGAGCGGACCGUGGUCGUGUCUGAGGUUCCGGACUGUGCGGGGCAGAUGGACGCGGCAGAGUGCGCGGGCGUGUGCGGGGUGAAGGUGAUGUGUCGCUUCAGACCCCUGAGCGACUCGGAGCGGAGCCGGGCGGACCGGUUCAUCCCCAAAUUCAGCGGAGACGACACCGUGGUUCUGUCCGGGAAGCCAUAUGUGUUUGACAGAGUCCUUCCUCCGAGUACGGAACAGGUGCAGGUGUACGACACCUGCGCCAAGCAGAUUGUCAAAGAUGUUUUGGGAGGAUACAACGGCACCAUCUUUGCUUAUGGUCAGACAUCUUCUGGAAAGACUCACACCAUGGAGGGGAACCUUCAUGACCCUCAUCUGAUGGGUAUCAUCCCUCGAAUCGCCAGAGACAUCUUCGACCACAUCUACUCCAUGGACGAGAACCUGGAGUUCCACAUUAAGGUUUCUUAUUUUGAAAUUUAUCUGGAUAAGAUUCGUGACUUGUUGGACGUGUCCAAGACCAACCUGGCCGUCCACGAGGACCGAAACAGGGUUCCCUACGUCAAGGGUUGUACUGAGCGUUUUGUAUCCAGUCCUGAUGAGGUGAUGGACAUCAUUGAUGAAGGAAAAGCAAACAGACAUGUCGCUGUCACCAACAUGAACGAGCACAGCUCUCGCAGUCACAGCAUCUUUUUGAUCAACAUCAAACAGGAGAACGUAGAGACGGAGAUGAAACUGUCGGGAAAACUUUAUCUGGUUGACCUGGCCGGCAGUGAGAAGGUGAGUAAAACUGGAGCAGAAGGUUCUGUUUUAGAUGAAGCGAAGAACAUCAACAAGUCUCUUUCUGCUCUGGGGAACGUGAUCUCUGCUUUAAGUGAAGGAACGAAAACCCAUGUCCCUUACAGGGACAGUAAGAUGACCAGAAUUCUACAGGACUCUUUGGGAGGAAACUGUCGAACCACCAUCAUCAUCUGCUGCUCGCCGUCUGUUUACAACGAGGCUGAAACCAAGUCUACCCUCAUGUUCGGACAGAGAGCUAAAACCAUAAAGAACACAGUUUCUGUGAACCUGGAGCUGACUGCUGAGGAGUGGAAGAAGAAGUACGAGAAGGAGAAAGAAAAGAACCUCAGUCUAAGCGUUAUGAUCCAGAAACUGGAGAACGAGCUAAAGCGCUGGAGGAAAGGUGAAGCUGUACCUGUGGAGGAGCAGCUGAGCAGAAGAAAUAUGAAGAGCAGCACUGAGACAGCAACUGUGAUUGACAGCUUGGCCCCGCCCACUGUCCCUCUGUCUGAAGAGGAGAAGACUCAGUAUGAGACCCUCAUCACAAACCUGUACCAGCAGCUGGAUGACAAGGACGAUGAGAUCAACCUGCACAGUCAGACAUCUGAGAAGCUCAAACAGCAGCUGACGGAGCAGGAUGAGCUGCUGGCGUCCAGCCGUCAUGACUACGAGCGUCUGCAGGAGGAACUGUCCCGCCUGCAGAGGGACGGGGACUCCGCCAAAGAGGAGGUGAAGGAGGUGCUACAAGCGCUGGAGGAGCUCGCCGUCAACUACGACCACAAGAGUCAAGAGGCAGAGAACAAGACUCGAUGCAACGAGCAGCUGAACGAGGAGCUCGCACACAAAACUGCAGGUCUGGAGGCAGCUCAGCGGGAGCUCUCUGCCCUUCAGGACCUCAGCUCUCACCAUAAGAAGAGGUCUGCAGAGAUCCUCAAUCUUCUGCUCAGAGACCUCAGUGAAGUUGGCGGCGUCCUCGGAACCACGGAUCUCAAAGCUAUGGCCGAGGUGAGUGGAGUGAUGGAGGAGGAGUUCACCACCGCUCGUCUCUACGUCAGUAAAAUGAAGUCUGAAGUCAAAUCUCUGGUGAACCGCAGCAAACAGCUGGAGGUCGGCCUGACGGAGAACACCUGGAAGAUGGAGGCCAACGAGCGGGAGCUGAGCAGCCACCAGCUGCUGGUCUCACAGCUUCGGGCCAAGCUGGAGUCUCUGGCUGACGACCUGCAGAAGGUGGAGCAGAAGAAACGGCAGCUGGAGGAGAGUCAGGAUGCUCUGAUGGAGGAGAUUGCCAAACUUCACGCUCAAGGUCAGAUGCAGGAGCUGACUGUGAUGGAUAAAGAGAAGGAACACAUGAGCAGACUGAAGGAUGCUGUGGAGAUGAAGAGAACGUUGGAGGAACAAAUGGAAAACCACAGAGAAGUUCAUCAGAAACAGCUGAGUCGACUCCGAGAUGAGAUCGAGCACAAACGGAGAGACUGUGACCACCUCAAAGAUGUGAACCAGGCCCUGCAGCUUGAAAACAGAAAGCUUCAGUCAGACUUGGACAAGCUGAGGGCAGAGGAUCAAAACAAAGAACAUAAAUUACAGAAUCUUCAGUUCCUGAAUGAGAAGAGAGAACAAGCCAAGGAGGACCUGAAGGGCCUGGAGGAGACUGUGACCAAAGAGCUGCAGACAUUGACCAACCUUCGUAAAAUUUUCAUCCAAGAACUCAGCUCUCGAGUCAAAAAUAGUUCAGACAACAACAGUGACGAGGCUGGAGGCAGUCUGGCUCAGAGACAGAGGAUCAUCUUCUUAGAGAACAACUUGGAGCAGCUCAGCAAAGUCCACAAACAGCUGGUCCAGGACAAUGCAGACCUUCGCUGUGAGCUGCCGAAGCUGGACAGGAGGCUGAGGGCCACAGCAGAGCGAGUCAAAACGCUGGAAACGGCCCUGAAGAACGCCAAGGAGUCGGCCAUGAAGGACCGCAAGCGGUACCAACAGGAAGUGGACCGUAUUAAGGACGCGGUCCGAUCCAAGAAUAUCUCCAGGAGAGGACACUCUGCUCAGAUCGCCAAACCAAUCAGAGCGGGCCAUCAGUCCCAUCAGCAUCCGUCCUCCUCCUCAAUCAUCAGGGCCGCCAUCAGAGGAGGCGGAGCCUCCAGCCCACGACACCACACCCCUCGACAACAACAACCACAGUAAAGCAACGAGUUGACUCCAGGUGAGUUAACAACAGAAACCAGAUCCACGUUGUGGCUUCAGGUCGUCAGGUUGAAUCAAAGGACCAACAUUUCUUAAAGGAACAAACAUCUUCUUAUGUUUGAGAGCUUCUGUAAAACUU